AUGGCGUUUCUAAAAGUAUUAUUAAAUGUUGGGUUAAUAUUCAUCGCUGCAACGACUGUUUCUGUUGAUGGAGAUUCAGAGAAUGAUGACUUGAAUACGACAGUCAAUUACCGUUUACCAGACAACGUAGUACCAGUGCACUACAAUAUCGGACUUAUACCGUAUAUUGAAGAGAGUAAUUUUACCUUUGAUGGUAAAUCCAAUAUCAUCAUCGAGAUUCGUCGUGCAACGCGGGACAUAAGUUUACAUGCAUUGGAUUUAAUAAUAAAUGAAACAGCAACAUUACUGAUAAACAGCGAUACCGAUAUUUAUGCACCGGAGGUGCAUAAUUAUGAUAACGAAACAGAAAUCUUGACCCUUCAUUUCGAUGAUGAACUAUUCCCUGGAAUUUAUAGUUUAUAUAUACAAUUCACCGGUAUUCUAAACGACGAUUUGCAUGGUUUCUUCAGAACAUCGUACAUCAAUGAGAAUGGAGAAAACGUGUGGUUGGCCGCAUCACAUUUCGAGGCAAGUUGGGCACGACGAGCGUUCCCGUGUUGGGACGAACCGGCAUUAAAAGCCACUUUCAAUAUCUCCAUAAAGCAUCGACGAAAUUAUACAGCUGUGUCAAAUAUGCCGAUACGGGAUCAAUCGGAUGACGAAGACAACAUGAUGUGGACACACUUCGACAUGACUCCCAUUAUGUCUACUUAUCUCGUAGCAUUUGUAGUGUCCGAUUAUGUACGUAUUCCUAACGCAGAUGGAACGUUUAACAUGUGGUGCAGAUCGGCAUUGGCUCCGCACUCAAAAUUUGCACAGGAAGUUGCUCAAAAGGCUAGAGACAUACUGACAGAAUAUACCAACAUCACCGAUAAAGUUCCAAAAACGGAUCAUUUAGCAGUUCCGGAACUGACAGCUGGUGCCAUGGAAAAUUGGGGACUUAUUAUUUAUACAGAAAAAGACUUUACGUACAAUGAAAAAGAAGAUACACUGUUUCGUAAACAACGAGUAGCAGUAACAGCAGCACAUGAAAUGGCACAUCAAUGGUUUGGUAAUAUGGUCAGUCCGUCAUGGUGGUCUCACGUGUGGCUAAAUGAGGGAUUUGCAACAUUCUUCGAAGAAUAUAUUCUCAACGAGAUUUUCAAAGAUUGGCGUGUAAUGGACCUUUUUGUUGUCAAGGUUCAACAAGAAGCUCUUCAUGCUGAUGUUGCUAAGAAAAUGAAACCUAUUGUAUUCGAAGUUAAAACUCGCAAAGAAAUUGAUUCACAUUUUUCUUAUUCGAGUUACGGCAAAGCACCUGCUAUACUGCGCAUGUUACAGCAUAUUAUUACUGCUGAAGUAUUUCGGAAAGGUAUUAUUAAAUAUUUAUACGAGCAUCAGUUCAGUUCGGUUACUUCCGACGACUUAUGGAACGCCUUUCAAGCAGUCCUCGAUGAAUCAGAUGUUCCACAUAAUGCUUAUACAUUGAAAGAGGUAAUGGAUACCUGGAUAAAACAAAGACAUUUCCCUGUGGUACACGUGACCCGAAACUAUGACACUGGUGAAACAAUACUAACGCAAGAACAUUUCCAUCUGAAAGGCGAAAAUGAACAUACCGAUAGCGAUAAAUGGUGGAUACCUUUGACUUUUGCUACGCAGUCAAAACCCGAUUUCUCUAGAACUCUACCCAUUCAAUGGCUACGACCACAAGAUAAAAAUAUAAGUAUUAACGGAGUCGAUCCAAAUGAUUGGAUCAUAAUUAAUGUACAACAAACAGGAUUCUAUCGCGUUAAUUACGAUAAUUUAAAUUGGCGAAAAAUUGCAAACUAUCUCAACUCCGACAACUAUACAAAAAUACAUGUACUUAAUCGAGCUCAAAUCGUUGAUGACGCCUAUCAUCUUAUGAUCACAGAUCAACUCGAUAUCGAGAUAUUUCUGGAUCUUGUAAAUUAUCUGUCUCGAGAAACCGAUUAUAUAGUUUUAUAUCACAUGUUUAAUUAUUUUAUCAUGAAUGAGGAAAAAUUUUACAAAAUUUUAGAAAUUGAUUAUUUCAAGCAAUACGUACUACAUAUUUUGAAUGGCAUUAUUAAAAAUAUAGGAUACGAAGAAGAUCCUGCAGAGAAUGAAUUGAUAAAGCUUACAAGAGUCAAUACCUUAAAAUGGGCAUGUCGUUUUAAUCAUUCCGAGUGUAAGAGAACAGCCGCUAAUAAACUAAAUGAAAUUCUUGCAAAUCCUGAAACACACAGAAUAUCCAGAAACUUAAAAGAAUGGAUAUAUUGCAAUGGUAUGAUGCAAGCCAACAAAACUACUUGGAAUAAAUUACUGGAUACAUAUUUCAUUAACCAAGACAAACAUUUAUUAGAAUACUUGUCUUGCUCUGAAGAUCCUGACAUUCUGAUCAAUUUUAUAAAUACAAGUGUCUCGAAUGAUUUAAUAAACAAUCAUCACUAUGACAUUAUUCAAAAUAUUAUUCAGCAACAUUCAGAUAAUGACGCGGUACUUAAUUAUAUACUAAAAAAUUUAGAA